CAACUAUUGGUGAGCAAUUAGAUGAAGAUCCUGUAUCAUCAGUUACCUCACCUAUCAGUAGUUUCGCUAAAUACGACAAUUUCCGUAAAUAUGGCUUGCGUAAACUAAAUGUCACUAGUUCAAAUAACAUUCGCCUAUAUGCCGAACAGUUUGGCGACUCGAAGGAUCCAACUGUAAUUUUUAUUCAAGAAUUCUUGCAAUCGCGCCUAGUGUGGGCGCCACAACUUAUCAGUGAACAAUUUACUAAGGAUCUUCAUCUCGUAUUUUACGACGCGCGUGGUAUUUUGGAUAGUGAUAAACCGCGAGAU